UCACAAGUUGAAGAGGAGAGAAAAUUCCACACCAACUGACAAAAUAAUUAAAGUCACUUGGAAUGACUCAAUUCUAUCCUACAAAGAUAUCUGCUUGAGCUUAUUUUCCUCCUCACACCUCCAUUCUCAAUUCGGUACUCAAUAGCCUCAUAAAAGAAGCAAUAUUUGAAUGGCUUCAACAAGAGACAAUGUUGAGGCUGAACCUCAAAGAAGCUAUUGGAGAUGGAGCAAGAAAGAUUUCUUGCCAGAGGAGUCCUUCGAAAGCUGGAACAACUACUUUUCUGCCCUUUCACAGACCCGGCUAAGGUUCAAGGACCGUCUCUUCAGCAGAUCAGAUGAUGCCACUGAGACUGAAGAACUCAGGAAACAUAGUGAGCAUGACAUGAAGCGUUGCCUCAACUGGUGGGACCUCAUAUGGUUCGGUUUUGGUGCAGUGAUUGGAGCAGGAAUCUUUGUGCUCACUGGUCAAGAGGCUCAUGAGCAUGCUGGAUCAGCUAUUGUCUUAUCCUAUGUUGCCUCAGGCUUCUCAGCAAUGCUUUCUGUUUUCUGCUACACUGAGUUUGCUGUAGAAGUUCCAUCAGCAGGAGGCUCAUUUGCUUACCUCAGAAUUGAAUUAGGAGACUUUGUUGCUUUUAUAACUGCUGCCAACAUUAUUCUCGAUAGUGUUAUUGGAAAUGCAGCAGUGGCAAGGUCAUGGACUUCUUACUUCACAACCCUUUUGAACCGUCCCAAGGAUUCAUUGCGCAUUAGAACAAAUCUCACAGAGGGGUACAACUUGCUGGACCCUAUAGCCUCUGGGGUUCUGGUAAUUGCUGCAGUAAUCACAAUGACAAGCACAAAGAAAACCUCAUAUCUCAAUUGGAUAGCAUCUGCCAUCAACACUGCUGUUAUCAUUUUUGUGAUUGUUGCAGGGUUUGCUCAUGCUGACACUUCAAAUUUGACACCCUUUUUACCUUAUGGGGCCAAGGGGGUGUUUCAGGCUGCAGCAAUUCUUUACUUUGCAUAUGGAGUGUUUGACAGCAUUGCAACCUUGGCUAAAGAAACCAAGAACCCAUCAAGGGACAUACCAAUAGGUUUGGUUGGGUCAAUGUCCAUGAUCACAGUGAUUUAUUGCUUGAUGGCACUCUCACUAAGCAUGAUGCAGAAAUACACAGACAUAGACACUGGUGCUGCUUUCUCAGUUGCAUUUCAGAAAGUGGGAAUGAAGUGGGCACAGUAUGUUGUAGCUUUUGGUGCACUGAAGGGAAUGACCACAGUGCUUCUUGUGGCCACAUUGUCACAGGGUCGUUACAUCACUCACAUUGCACGCUGCCACAUGAUCCCACCAUGGUUUGCUCUUGUGCACCCUAAGACUGGAACCCCGAUAAAUGCUACAAUCUUGAUCACCACCUUAGCUUCCAUCAUAGCCUUUUUCACCGGUUUGGAUGUGUUGUCAAGCUUGAUAUCUGUGAGCACACUCUUUGUGUUCAUGAUGAUUUCAAUUGCCCUUUUGGUGAGGAGGUACUAUGUGAGAGGGGUCACACCAAGGGAGAAUCUGUUAAAGCUAAUAAUCUUCUUGGUGCUCAUUGUUGCUUCCUCAAUGGGAAUUUCAGCUUACUGGGGACUGAGGCCUAAUGGCUGGUUUGGAUACACUGUGACUGUUCCUGUUUGGUUCUUGGCAACUCUAGGGAUGUCACUGUUUUUGACUCAGCAAAGGGUGCCAAGAGUUUGGGGCGUUCCACUUGUCCCAUGGUUUCCAUCUUUGUCAAUUGCAACAAAUGUAUUCCUCAUGGGGUCUUUGGAAUAUGAAGCCUUCAUAAGAUUUGGAGUGUGCACUGUCAUAAUGCUUAUAUAUUACUUUUUCUUUGGUCUUCAUGCCACUUAUGAUAUGGCUCACCAACAAAAAAACGUUGCAAUCCAAAGUUGAUCACACAGAGUCAGAGACCAUUUAGAAUGAAGGUCCUUAGUUAAGUGUACUUCAUCUGUUUGUAUUUUGAAUCAUAUUUCCCUCCCGCAAUUAAAAAUAUUUGAAGUGUCCAUGCUGUAUUUUGCUUUGAUACGUAUCUGGCAUAGUUAAGAGAUGAAAUGAUCCUAUUUAAAAGUGUCCA